AUGUCAUUUGCAAACAUAGAUAUAGAAUCGCAGAAACAAAAGGUUGGUUUGAUUGACUCGACGUCAAACUUGACCACCACGAUAUCUCAGAAGCUGUCGAGUUUCGUGGGGUUGGUUUCAAAGUUUGACAAGGUCCAGCAACAGCUGGGAACAAAGAGAGACAAUACACAGCUGCGGAAUUCGGCCUCAGAACUGGUGCGACAGUGUGAUGUUCUGGAAGGUCAGUUGAAUAAACACUUGACUGACUUAUCCACCGGUCUUUUAAAGGGCUCAGCCGACCCCCAGCUGCGGUACACGGAGGAAAAGCUCCAGAAGGAGGGUUUCGAGAUCUUCAAAAACUACCAGCGUAUUUUGCGACAAUAUGAGGAGAAAUUGAAUUCAGUGACAGUAUCUGAGCAGUUUAGCAAGAACACGGAGUCCACUAACACACUCAACGCCUCCGAGACGACGCCACUCUUGGUUCAACAGCAACAGCAGCAGCAAUUGCAAGAACAGGCCCAAGAAACCGGCAUCUCGAACGCUGAGUUAGAGUAUCAUGCUACUCUUUUGGAGCAGAGAUCGGAUGCUGUGGCCAGGAUCCAGGACGGUGUUGAAGAUAUAAAUGCCAUAUUCAAGGACCUGGGAGCAAUGGUGCAACAACAGGGUCAAAGUGUCGACACUAUUGAAGACAACUUGCUGACAUACGCAAACAAUAAUCAGGCAGCUUCUCAUGAGCUCUCUAAGGCCGACGCAUAUCAGAAGAAGAAAAGAAAGUGGUCGUGUGUCACGCUUGUGCUGUUAGUGGUGGUGCUAUUGAUCACACUGGCGGUAAUAAGCUGA